AAGGUGGGACUGUGAGCUUGACGCUCUGGUACAGACUUAGACUAGAGAGUGAUUAAUGGCCAUCCGGUGCUAUAAAGUAGAAACUGAAUUGACGAUCAAGCUUCGUAGCUCUUAGUAGUGGAGAGUCUGGAGACUGGAGAGGGAGAGAAAAUCCCAAUUAAUUUGUAGCUGGCGAUGUUCUAGGACUCCGAUUUCUGAGUUCCGACAAGGUCUGCAAUUCUGCAAAAAAAGGAUCAUUCUCAGACCUCUCCAUCUUUGAUAUCAGCUAAGAUUUGCUGAAAAUGAAGUCUAGCGGCGUCUUGUUGGCUUCUACCGAUCAUCUUCAAAUGAGUUGUCGCGGAGGAACGGGGAGGAAUUACAGUCUUAUUUGUGCGCCUAUAAUGGGGAAAUCUGUCGAUCAGAUGUUGAUUGAGAUUGGUAAGGCCAAGGCCGGUGGUGCUGACCUCGUUGAGGUACGCUUGGACUAUCUCAAUAGCUUCAACCCUCGCCAAGAUCUCAAAAUUCUCAUCAAGCGGUCUCCUUUGCCCACUCUCUUCACUUACAGACCAAAAUGGGAAGGUGGUCAGUAUGAAGGUGAUGAAACACAACGAUUGGAUGCACUUAGAUUAGCCAUGGAACUGGGAGCUGAUUACAUCGAUGUCGAGCUUCAGGUUGCGCAUGAAUUCCUCAGUUCCAUCUCCGGAAGAAAGCCUGAAAAUUUCAAAGUCAUUGUUUCAUCUCACAACUAUCAAAAUACACCAUCUGUUGAAGAUAUUUCGAUCCUUGUAGCUAGAAUUCAAGCUACUGGAGCUGACAUAGUGAAAAUUGCUACAACUGCCUUGGAUAUCACGGACGUGGCACGUGUAUUCCAAAUUACUUUCCAUUCCCAAAUGACGCAUGAAAUGAAAUUUCAGGUUCCAAUAAUUGGGCUGGUUAUGAGUGAGAGAGGUUUGAUAUCACGAUUGCUUUGCCCAAAAUUCGGUGGAUAUCUCACUUUUGGUACAAUUGAGGCAGGAAUUGUUUCAGCUCCUGGGCAACCAACACUCAAAGAUCUGUUGGGUAUAUACAAUUUCAGACAGUUGGGACCCGAUACAAAAGUAUUUGGAAUUAUUGGCAAUCCUGUGGGGCACAGCAAAUCACCUAUUCUUUACAAUAAAGCAUUUAAAGCAGUUGGUUUUAAUGGAAUUUACGUGCCAUUAUUGAUCGAUGACAUUGGAAAAUUUUUCGAUGUCUACUCAUCCGCUGAUUUUGCAGGAUUCAGCUGUACUAUUCCUCACAAGGAGGAUGCACUUAAGCGAUGUGAUGAGGUUGAUCCUGUUGCCAAGGCUAUUGGAGCUGUUAAUUGCAUUAUUAGGAGACCUAGUGAUGGAAAGCUAAUUGGUUACAAUACAGACUAUAUUGGUGCAAUUACAGCCAUCGAGGAUGGAUUAAGAGGUUCACAUACUACAAACAACUCAAGUGGUUCACCCUUAGCUGGUAAAUUGUUUGUAGUCGUUGGAGCUGGUGGUGCUGGUAAGGCACUUGCUUAUGGUGCAAAGGAGAAGGGAGCAAGAGUUGUAAUUGCCAAUCGCACUUUAGAUCGAGCUAAGGAAAUAGCCGAGCUGAUUGGAGGACAAGCUAUAUCUAUAGCCGAAUUAGAAAAUUUUCAUCCAGAGAAUGGGAUGAUUCUUGCAAAUACAACAUCUAUCGGAAUGCAGCCAAAAGUAGAUUUGACACCCAUACCUAAGCGAGCUCUGAGCUCCUAUUCCCUGGUUUUUGAUGCUGUUUACACACCAAAAAUGACACGACUCCUGAGAGAAGCAGAAGAGUCUGGUGCCAUCAUUGUUUCUGGGCUUGAGAUGUUCAUUGGGCAGGCAUAUGAACAAUAUGAAAGAUUUACAAAUUUGCCUGCACCUAAGGAACUGUUCAGGGAAAUCAUGGCGAAAUACUGAGUGUCUUGUAUACCUUGUUUGAUAGUCUCCUUGCAGCUGAAACCCUUCGAUUUUAGUUACUGUUUUUUUCCUCUGUUGUAUCAUCUAAUCAACUCCUUCCCCCCCCCCCCCCCCCCCCCCAUCCCAAAACUUCCCCACCCCAUCCUGUCUCUUUCUAGUUUUCUUAAGUGUAUGAUGAUUCAUAACCCAGGAAAAAAAAAUAUAAUAAUUGGUGUGGUGAUUCUUCUU